AUGGACUUUGAUCCUCUAUCAUUAUUCACAGCUCCACCUGAAAGAGAAGAUGAAGUUAAUUAUAUAGAAAAGCUUCAAGAAAUCAAAUUUAAACAAGAAGUAAUUCAUAACCAAGAAACUACAAAAGAAUGCGAUGAGACCGAUGAAUCAGACGAUGAUUCUUAUCUUCAACCACUUCAUAUUCUUGAAUUCCCCAUCCUACAACUCAAGCCAACAUAUGAAGUCUUAAUAACUAUCCUUAAAUUACUUUCACUUGACGAAAUAUUCAAUUUUUCCAAUAGUCCUGACUCUACAUCCACCACCAACACUGAAGUUAUCAAUCCCUUGUCAAUAUUCGAAGAAAAGAACCUUGACAUAAUAACAAUAGACAUCGCAUUGGAAUGGCUUCUGAAAUAUUGUCCAAGAUUCAAUUCAUAUGAAAAACUAGCCCAUUUACCUCAUUUAUCAAACUCAUUAAAGAAGAACAAUACAACUGAAUAUAAUGCAUAUCUUACCCGAAUAAUAUCAAACCCGUUGAGUUGGAUACAUAACCAAGAUCAUAUUCAUGAAAUCCAUACUCAGGCUUCACUUCGUAUCUCUGAAAAUUGUGGUCGUACUGCCCAGCCUGAAAUCAUCCGAAAGAUUGUCAUACCGAAUUUAUCCAAACUUUUGAACAAUAAUGAAGAAUCAUAUAUAAGAUUGAAAGAGCCGAGUUUGACAAGUGAUAAUUUGGGUUUAAAGACAUGGGGAUCUUCUUUGAUCUUGAGUAAUCGAUUGAUUAAUAACGAUGACCAUCGGAAAUAUUUGCAUGGAAAUGUACUUGAAUUAGGGUCAGGUACUGGAUUAGUAGGGAUGAUUUGUUCAAUAUUGAAAUAUAAUACAAUUUUAACUGAUUUGAAAGAAAUUAUCCCCAAUCUUAAAACAAAUUUAAAACUAAAUAACCUUGAUGCAAAAGCUUAUGAAUUAGACUGGUCAAAUCCGAAAUCAUUCUUGGAUAUUCAUGGACAAGAUAAGAAAUUUGAUACGAUUGUGAUUAGUGAUCCGAUUUAUUCUUCACAACAUCCUUACUGGGUGGUGGAUAUGAUAAAUCAAUUCUUAAGUAAGGAGCCGGGUUCAAGAGUAUUGAUUCAAAUUCCAUUACGUCCAAAAUAUGAACAAGAACGACAAUUAUUAUGGGAUUUAUUAAGAGAUAAUACAAAUCUCAUACAAAGAGAACAUGAAAUUGAAGAUGGGUUUGAUGAUUUUGGAGAAAUGAAGUUUUGCUUUAAAUUAUAUUCUAAAUAA